AUGCAUGUCAUCAAAAGAGAUGGACGUCAAGAGCGGGUCAUGUUUGAUAAAAUCACCUCUCGGAUCCAGAAGCUCUGCUAUGGUCUCAAUGCAGAGUUUGUGGAUCCUGCACAAAUCACAAUGAAGGUGAUCCAAGGGCUGUACAACGGUGUGACCACUGUAGAGUUGGACACUCUCGCUGCAGAGAUUGCCGCCACACUGACCACAAAGCAUCCUGAUUAUGCCAUUCUGGCUGCACGCAUUGCAGUGUCCAACCUCCAUAAAGAGACCAAGAAGGUGUUCAGUGAUGUCAUGGAAGAUCUGUUCAACUACAUAAAUCCUUUAAAUAAGCGUCACUCUCCAAUGAUUUCCAAAGAGACCCUGGAUCUUGUCCUUGCAAACAAGGACCGCCUCAACUCCUCUAUAAUCUAUGAUAGAGAUUUUUCAUACAAUUUUUUUGGUUUUAAGACACUUGAGCGCUCCUACCUGCUGAAGAUCAAUAGUAAAGUAGCAGAGCGCCCACAGCACAUGCUCAUGAGGGUAUCCGUUGGAAUUCACAAAACUGACAUAGAUGCUGCUAUCGAAACUUACAACCUACUAUCGGAGAAGUGGUUCACUCAUGCCUCUCCGACUCUGUUCAACGCUGGCACCAACAGACCCCAGCUGUCCAGCUGCUUCCUGCUGGCCAUGAAGGAUGACAGUAUCGAUGGCAUUUAUGACACACUGAAACAGUGUGCCCUCAUUUCCAAAUCUGCUGGAGGGAUUGGUGUGGCAGUUAGCUGCAUUCGAUCAACAGGAAGUUAUAUUGCUGGAACAAAUGGUAAUUCAAAUGGCCUUGUACCCAUGCUAAGGGUAUACAAUAACACAGCACGCUACGUGGAUCAAGGUGGAAAUAAAAGACCAGGGGCCUUUGCGAUUUACUUAGAACCUUGGCAUUUUGAUGUGUUUGACUUCCUUGAGCUGAAGAAGAAUACUGGUAAAGAAGAGCAGAGGGCACGAGACCUGUUCUAUGCCAUGUGGAUUCCAGACCUUUUCAUGAAGAGAGUGGAGAAAAACCAGGACUGGUCUCUGAUGUGCCCCAGUGAGUGCCCUGGGUUGGAUGAGUGUUGGGGGGAGGAGUUUGAGAAGCUAUACACUAAAUAUGAACAGGAGGGCAGAGUGAAACGGGUUGUCAAGGCUCAGCAGGUGUGGUACGCAAUCAUUGAGUCUCAGACAGAAACCGGAACGCCUUACAUGUUGUACAAAGAUGCCUGUAAUAGAAAGAGCAACCAGCAGAAUUUGGGAACCAUCAAAAGCAGUAACUUGUGCACAGAGAUUGUAGAGUAUACUAGUGAGGAUGAGGUAGCGGUCUGUAAUUUGGCCUCAAUCGCUCUCAACAUGUACGUUACCUCAGAACGGACCUUUGACUUCAAAAAGCUUUCUUCAGUCACUAAAGUCAUUGUGAGAAACUUGAACAAGAUAAUUGACAUUAACUAUUACCCAGUGCCUGAAGCGGAGAAUUCAAACAAGCGCCACAGGCCAAUUGGGAUUGGUGUUCAGGGCCUUGCAGAUGCCUUCAUACUCAUGCGUUAUCCAUUUGAAAGUCCUGAAGCCCAGCUGCUAAAUAUACACAUCUUUGAGACCAUCUACUACGCUGCCCUUGAAGCAAGUUGUGACUUGGCAGAAAAAGACGGGCCUUAUGAGACAUACCCAGGCUCUCCUGUGAGCAGAGGCAUUCUGCAGUAUGACAUGUGGGACAAGGUGCCCACUGAUCUCUGGGAUUGGAAACUCCUUAAGGAGAAGAUUGCUAAACAUGGCGUAAAAAACAGCUUGUUGUUGGCCCCCAUGCCCACUGCAUCAACAGCACAGAUACUUGGAAACAAUGAGUCCAUCGAAGCCUAUACAAGCAACAUCUACACACGCAGAGUCCUCUCUGGCGAGUUUCAGAUUGUCAAUCCACACCUGCUGAAGGACCUGACCGAGAGGGGGCUGUGGAAUGAGGAGAUGAAGAAUAAGCUAAUCGCUCAAAAUGGAUCCAUACAGGACAUUUCUGAAAUACCAGAGGAUUUAAAACUGCUGUAUAAAACGGUUUGGGAAAUCUCACAAAAGACCAUCCUAAAGAUGGCUGCAGAUCGUGGCGCAUACAUUGACCAGAGCCAGUCCCUAAAUAUUCAUAUUGCAGAACCAAACUAUGGCAAACUGACCAGCAUGCAUUUUUAUGGAUGGAAACAGGGUCUAAAGACUGGAAUGUAUUAUCUGCGAACCAAGCCAGCUGCAAACCCAAUCCAGUUCACUCUCAACAAGGAGAAGCUGAUGGAGGUGCAGCCCAAAGCAUCGGAGCAGGAGCUGAAGGAGCUCAACACAGCGGCCAUGGUGUGCUCGCUGGAGAACAGGGAUGACUGCCUUAUGUGUGGGUCAUAG